AUGUUAAGACUUAAUAUUAAGAGGGUAUUUACUAAUCUUAACGGUAAUGCAACAAUAGCUCGAAGAACUUUGAUCAGUAGCAUUUCACGGACUCAUGCCGCUGUGCAAUCUGUUUCUAGGGACGCAAUAUGCGUUUUAGAACCUUGCAGGUCUUUUUCUGCUUGUGCUAUUGGUAAAAGGUCGGAAGUUCCUUUUGAAAAGAUGACAGAAGAUGAGCAGAUGAUCUUAACUUCUGAACGUGAAAUUGAUAAUGUUGACGUUUGUAUUGUAGGUGGCGGGCCAGCAGGUUUAGCAACAGCUAUACGUUUAAAACAGCUGGAUAACGAGCAUGGAACUGGGGAGCUAAGAGUUGUAGUACUUGAGAAGGGUUCCGAAAUAGGAUCUCACAUUGUAUCUGGAGUUAUUCUAGAAAACACAGCUUUGAAGGAGCUAUUUCCUGAUAGCGAGUACUAUGAUGGAGAUAUGCAUGAUAUUCCUUUACCUCAUGACUUGGUCACUAAGGUGGAAUCCGAAGAAAUGAGGUAUUUGAUUGGUAAUGUUGCAAUCCCUGUACCUGAACCACCGGAGAUGGUUAACAAAGGCAAGAAUUAUAUUGCUUCAUUAUCCCAGGUUGCAAGAUGGCUUGGCGAGAAAGCUGAGGAACUAGGAGUCGAGGUUUAUCCUGGUACCGCAGUGUCCGAAGUCAUUUAUUCUGAAGAUGGUGCUGCCGUGCGUGGUGUCGCUACUAAGGAUAUGGGUAUAUCCAAAUCAGGUAGACCAAAGGAUCAGUUUGAAAGAGGUAUGGAAUUUCAUGCUAGACAAACAAUUUUUGCGGAGGGCUGCCAUGGAUCACUGACGAAACAGGUGAUUAAGAAAUUUGGUUUAAGAGAUGGUAGAGACAAUCAAACUUACGGUUUAGGUAUAAAGGAAGUUUGGGAGGUUAAACCUGAGAAUUUUAAAAAGGGAUUUGUUUCCCAUACAGUAGGUUAUCCCCUAUCGAAUGAUUUGUACGGAGGUGGCUUCCAGUAUCAUUUUGGAAACAACCUUGUAACUGUUGGGAUAGUUGUUGGGUUGGAUUAUAAAAACCCUUGGGUAUCACCUUACCAAGAGUUCCAAAAAAUGAAGCAUCAUCAAUAUUACGCUAAGGUUUUAGAAGGCGGUAAAUGUGUUGCAUAUGGUGCCCGUGCCUUGAAUGAGGGUGGGUUGCAGUCUGUUCCAAAGUUGCAUUUCCCCGGUGGUUGUUUGGUCGGUGCAUCCGCAGGUUUCAUGAAUGUGCCUAAGAUUAAAGGUACUCAUACUGCGAUGAAGACUGGUAUGUUAGCGGCCGAAGAGUUGUUUCCUAUUUUAUCCAAGUUGCCUGCAUUAGGAUCAGAAGAAGCAGACGGAACAGUUGAGAAACCAAUAGAUCUGGCAUCUUAUGAGAAGGCCUUCAAAGAGUCGUGGGUCUAUAAGGAAUUAUGGAGAGUUCGUAAUGUUAGACCUUCUUUUGGUAGUAAACUUGGAUCAAUGGGUGGGCUCGCAUAUAGCGCUUUGGAUACCUUUAUUUUGAGAGGCCGCGGUGGAUGGACUUUCCGUCAUCACGAAUCAGAUGCUUAUAUCACUAAACCAGCAUCCGAAUAUAAGAAGAUAGAAUAUCCAUCACCUGAUGGGAAGCUAUCAUUUGAUAUUCUAACAUCAGUGUCAAGAACAGGUACUUAUCACGAUGAAGAUGAAAAGUGUCAUUUGAGGGUCCCAGAACAGGAUAUGGUAAAGCAUACAGGAAUUGCGUAUCCUAAAUGGCAAGGUGUGGAAUCAAGGUUUUGUCCUGCCGGGGUCUACGAGUAUGUUGAAGACGAAACGUCUCCCUUAAAGGUUAGGUUCCAAAUAAACUCGCAAAACUGUAUACAUUGCAAAACUUGUGAUAUUAAGUCCCCAACCCAAGACAUAAAUUGGGAAGUCCCUGAAGGUUCCACUGGACCCAAGUACAGUUUGACCUGA